AUGACAUGGGAAAGCCGAAAACAAAAUUCUCUGACUGGCCUGCUUUGCGUAGAAGAAGAGAGAACCUUGCCUGAAAGAAUGGCAAUUCGACCUCAAGACAGCUACCACGAGAUUUGCCUGCCAGAGCCGACGCCAGAGCAAACGGAAGCAGCAGUGGCACCUGCAACCGUAAGUGCUGCAGCACCUCAAGCAUAUGAUGCGUCUCGGCAGAUGAAGCACCAGCUCCAGCAACCCGAGCAAGGAAAGAUCGAUCUUGCUCGUGUUAAUAUUGCCUUGGAGAGGCACCUUCUUGGUACAGGCCGGGAAGCUGAAGAUGGUGUCAACAAUCAUGCCGUUGACCUCGAUCUCAAUGACGAUGGCGUUGCGCGUUCUGCCGUCUCUGAGCGCGCCAUAGCUUACGUCGACUACACCCUCUGGCAAGAAUUAGAAAACAGAUGUUUGAGCGGGUAUUUCCAACAAAGAGUGGAAUACAACCACGACGGGUACAUGUGGCAUAUGAGCAAGAAACGCAUCUUUGGCCGCACGAAGAACCACAAGAACUGCUCGAGCUGUAUCGCGUCCUAUGUGAACUCGUGCAUUCUGUGGAAAGAAUUUCUUCAUUCGGAGAGCGACUGGGCCUACCGCCACGAUGUCGUUGAGAGGCACGUCGCAGCCGGAAGACAGUCUAAUGCCCGAGAGCCUGAGCUCGAAAGAGGAGAGGAAGCUCUGGACAUAUGCAAGGCGUCCGUGGAGGAAUACGGUGCUUGCCGUGAACCUUUGCGCUGGAUCCUUGCAACUCUGCGAGCCGCACUGAGCCCGAAUGCGCUAGCGACUGGCGACGAAAUCGUCAUCGAACACUUCCAGGAAUGA